CAGAGAAAUUCGCACACCGCGUGCUCGAUUUGCCGGUCUGCGCGGGCGGUCGUUUCACCGCUGUGUGUGUGUUGUCCGGUGCUCGUGCGUGGACUUCGUGAUGUGCUUUACGGUGCUUCCUAUGUGAAACUUCUUGGUGCAAAGGAGCGUAAGAGCGACAGAACAAUGUUUCGCACGAAAAAGGACGUUGACAGGCACAUCGCCGGCAUUCUGGCGAGAAUUAAAGAUGAGAACGAGAAAAAGAUCAGAGGUUUCAACUUCGCCAAGCUUUACUUUUCAGUCAAGGACUAUGAAUCGGCCACAAGGUACCUGGCUGAAUACUUGGCUGUCAAUGACAAACAGGCAUCUGCGCACAAACUUAUGGGAGAGAUCCAUGAAGCUGCAGGAAGGCGUAAUCAAGCUUUGCAGUCCUACAAGCACUCCCUGGCUCUUGAGGAAAACCAGAAAGAUGUCAUCAUGAAAAUUUGUGAAAUCUACAGUGAAUUUCCUGCUGACCAAGAGACAACGAGGUAUUGGCUAGAGCGAGCCGAGAGCAUUUUUCCUGGCCACAGGAUUAUUUUUAAGCUCAAGGAAAGCUUGACAAGAGCUACAGGUGAACCAGAUACGAAGGACAUGGAAAACCUGAUCACGUCAGAGCUGGUGACUCGUCCUCUGGAUGUGGCACUGCGUGUGAAGCUGUUGAGGUUGCUGCUGAACUCUGGUCGUGUCCUGGAUGCCUACAAGCACGCGCUACAGGCAGAGGAGGAGCCCCAGUUUGGCACAGAAGCCUUCUACUCGCUCCCAUGGCAGCGCUGCCUGGCUGACGUAUUUGAGGCAUACCAAGAAAACCAGGCUGGCCCAGUUGAUGAAUCCUUUCUUGCCAAGUACCUCCUUACGUUAGACCAGCUAGCCUCCCUGGCACUGACCAAUCCGAGCAGCUCUGCACUCGCUGCCGUACCUGGUCCCCUCAAUGGAGAGUCGGCCAAGCAAGGGGAGCGGGCUGCUGUUGAGGAUGCCAUCAGUGCCAUUGAGUCGCUGGAUGGUUUGCUUGAUAAAGCCCAUAAGAAGAAGUGGACGCGUGGUGGAGCCUGGGACUUCGUGCUGCAUCAUGUCACAGGCCAGCUGUACUUGCACAUGGCCACAUUGCUGCUCAAGAGGGCUUGGAAGGAAAACUACAACUGGCAAGAAGCUCGCAGUUGGGCGGCAGCCAUGCUGUUGAGUGCGUACUCGUUGCGUCCUCCAAGCGGUUUGUCCCAGGAGUCCUGGUUUCUGGCACUGGACUCCACCAGGCAGAGGCUUUAUCGUCAUGUCUUUCUACGGGCUCACCACCGGCUCUCAGUUUCUGGUCACAUUGUGCAUGUUCUCUGUGAAGUGGAAAGCAAGUCUCGUUGGCUGUCUGAUCUCAAGCAAGAAGCAUGCACACCUGAGGUGCGAAAGAAAAUCUACAAGAGCCUUUUUGAUGGAGAAGGCACCGCAUCAUGGUUUCUCCAUGACCCAACCCUUGUCAAAUGUGCCUUUGAGUUUCCGACCAUUGCGGCCCUUCAGGAGCAUGAUCAAGAGUCUCAGUGGCUGCACCCUUCAUCUCUUAACCACCUCGUCUGGCUGGCCCUGCAUUGGAGUUCUGUACAAGACAAGACAUCGAAAGGCACUGAGCACUUCUUUGAGGUGCGAGUGUUCGAGCGGCUACAGCGAGAGCCUCAUGCAUUUAACUCCGGUGCAGUGGAGACAUUGAGCCAAAUGGAUACAUUGGCGUUCCUGGAGGCGACCCGGUACUGCGCAGCUCAGUCACUGGGCCGAAAGGCUAUGCGCCCCUCGCAGGGGCCCUUGGCCCUUCCUCCUCACGUGGGUGUGCAGCUCUGUACGGUUGCUCAAGCUGAGUGGUGGAAUGCUGCCUACCGUCUACACGUCAGCACUGCCAGGGACAAAAUGGCCGACUACAGGCGCCUUCUACAGAGAGGACUUGAAGUAAUUCGUGGAAUUGGAAACCAUGGCAUGGACCUUGCUCUGGUUGUUCGUUUGGCUAGGACAUUUGCUGACAGGUCAUCGUUCAUGCGGGCUGAUGGCCUGGAGGAAGAGUCUAAGGCUCUAGAAGACCGUGCGGCACACUAUUGGGAAGUUGUCGUCUCUAUGCUGGAAAAGUCCGGCAGCCCCAGUAGCCCAUUGUCAGCGUCACGCCGGCUGUUUAGUAUGCCGGCCGGCGCUGUAACGUUGAGUGGUCCACAGGAAACGAGAGCCCUCAAGCAGGAGGCCAAGAUGUUCCUGGCUGUUCGUGCUAUGAAUGCCGGAUGUCUGGACGAGGCCGCAGAAAUGCUGUCCCAAUUGACCAGCGCACAGGCUGCAUUCUACACUGCCCUCGUGAUGAAGAAGAUGGCCCAGCGUGAGUCUCCCCAGCGUGGUGUGCAGCACGCAUUGCUCCAGAGAGAGAGGGCUGCUCUGCAGCUUGCUCUUGAACGUGGCCGCCGGGAGCCUGACCAGGCCCUGGCUUCUGCUGUGCGCGCACAGCUCGAUGACCUUGAGGGGCGACUCAUCAAUAUCUCAAAUGGCUCCUUCAGUGAUGACGCAGCAGAAACAUCUUGGGCACAAGAUGUCACAUCCACGCCUCGGUCCACCCGUGUUAGUUUUGUACAUCGGCCUCCACAGAGCAGCACCCCUCAGGUUGACCGAAGCUUUUACCCAGCUCGUGCAGAUGCGAGCCAUUCAUCAAUGCCAGAGGUGGAAUCCCCAACCAGGCAGCCAAGAGGUCAGACUGCAGGAUCUGCUGUCUCGGCUGCUGCAAACGAGUUUGUUGAGUUACAGUUGCGGUCCCUGUCGCUGCACCAGGAACUGGUGAUGAGUCAUCUGCGUCAGGUGCUGGAGACCAACCAGAAUGUGUUGAGGGAGCUGCGCGACAGCCACCAGUCUGUUCUGGCCGAAGUUAAACAGCAGCAAAUUGCGCUGGAGCAGCUCUCGAAAAAAGUCGAUGACAUCGCCACAAAGGCAGCGACUGCUGCCACAGCAUCUCGUGCACAGCGACAGCGAGAUGAGGCAGAUUAUGUGGAGGAGUACACAACAGCCUACGAAACAGACUUUGAUCCAUAUAGAGAGUACUCGCACUUAGAGGCUGCAGCCGUUAGUGGAGCUGCUUCUACACUGGUGGCAGCUGGGCCACCCCACGCGAUGGCACCGCCACCAGCGGCACCACUCGGAUACCCGCCGCAGUUUCGUGGUGCCCCUUAUGCGAGCUAUCCUCCACCACCACCACCACAUCUGGGCUAUCCGCUGGCUCCGCCACCACCACCACUGGCAAGACCCUUGCCGCCACCUUUGGCUCCACCCCAGCAAUUUUUCUCGCCACAGGUGGCUGCAGCAGCUGCUGCAGUCCCAACUCCUGGUCUCUGCUUGGCUGAGGGACAGCCCCUACCUCAGUUUUCAUUCGACAUAAGCCAGCCACCUCCUUCAACUUCUGUUGCCAGCAGCACGCCCUCCCAUGUGGCUAGUGGGGAUGUUGGUCGUGUGUCGGCCUUCAGCCGUCUCUCCAAAGUGCCGCCACCAUCUCAAGCUCCUGUGGGGCCGCCAGUCACCACCAUAACCCCUGCGGCUCCUGCCUUGCCACCCAAGCCGCCAAAUGCUCCACACGCCUUCCAGAUUCCUCUGCCGGCCACUGGCUCUUCACCUGCAUCAGUAUCAUUGCCUGGUGCCGUGCAAGGGUUUUCUCAGCCUUUCCCCUCUUUGGCUGCUGCGACACCCACUGCGUCCAAAUCGGCAGCUGCUAUGCCACAACUGCACGGACUGCUCACAGGCUCUGUGCCAUCGCUGGCUUCUGUGGCUCCUGAAAAGCAGGAACCAAUGACCACCAUUGGCACCAGGACUGCUGAAGCAAGUCCAGUUAUUUCGGCGCAGACACCGUCUCCUGCAGCACCAGAAGUUGCCCCCAGCCAACCAGAUGUUUGCUUUGAAGAAAGAGCCAAACUCUUCCGUUACGACGAGAAAGAGUGGAAGGAGCGUGGCAUUGGAGUCGUCAAAUUGCUUGAAAAUAAAGAGGGCAAAGUACGCCUGCUGAUGCGGCGAGAACAGGUGUUAAAGGUCUGUGCGAACCAUUACAUUCACUCGGGAAUGACAUUAACACCAAUGCCAAAGAAGGACACUGCUUGGAUAUGGGAUGCCCAAGAUUUUGCAGAUGGCGAGGCACGCCCCCAAAAGUUUUGCAUCCGUUUCAAAACACCAGAAAUAGCAGCACAAUUCAAGGAAGCCUUUGACCAAGCAGUGAACAAGUCCAAACAGGCUGUGGCAUCAUGUUCCCCAGCUGCCUCCACUGCAGCAAGUGCAGCAGCCACUUUGUCUAUGUCUCCAUCACCCCUUAGAGUCUCUACGAUCACGGCACCUUCCAAGUUUGAAUCGUCAUCAGCCACCACGCAUCCAACAUUUGUGAUAUCAACACCAGGCUUUGGCACUUCCAAAUCGGUAGUGAUGCCUCCGGUGUUUGGAUCUGGAACAGCCACAACAGGGGCAGCCUACAGUGUCAAUCAGUUCGGCAUUUGCCGCUUCCGCUCCUAUCUACCUUGUCACUUCGGCAGUCCUGUAACUUCGAUUGUGGCAUCAGGCUCUCCGCCAACAAGCCUACCUCACUUGCCAGCGACAGGUUUUGGCAAGAUGUUUCAUCCAAAACCAGGGGCCUGGGCGUGUCACACAUGCUAUGUGAGCAAUGAUGCCAACAAACUCACAUGUGCAGCGUGCGACUCGCCAAAGCCAGGUAGUGAGAAAUCAAAGACUGCAGACUUGCCUGUGGCAGCACAACAGCAAACAGCAAGACCCGAUGUGGCUGCUUUUAGCUCCUUUGGCAAUUCUUCGGUGCAAACUUUUGGCUCACAGGCAGUGCAGCAAGCACAGCCAACCUCUGUAUUCAAGUUCGGUGUCCCUGUGCCUGAGCAGAAGCCAAGCACUCCUGUCACUUCAGCUGCUGAUGGAACAGCUCCUUCAGCAAAGAAUGUCUUUGGCGGAUUUACAUUUUCUGGCCCACCAAAAGUGAAAGAGCUUCCAAAGGAAGAAGCGAAACCCGCGGCCUCAGCAGCAGCAGCAUUAAAGGAGUCUCCAAAGCCAAGCCCUUUUGCUGGCUUUUCGUUCAAGAGCCCACCAGCUGCAGCAAAAAAAGAUGAACAAGGGACUGCUAGCGCUACACAGUCAUUUUUAGCUGGUGCCCGUUCAGAAAUUAGUAAGCUGAGCACAACACCAGCCAAGCAAGCUCAGGUGACGCCUUCUCUACCUCAACCGCAGGUCACAUCUCCCCUGGCAAAGCCAUCACCUCCAACUUCAAGUGGGACUAGGCAUCGAGCAGAUUCUCUUCGAAGCCCUGGCGAAGUACCAGAGGACUUUGUCCCCAGUGCCGAGUUUGAGCCAGUGGUCUCUUUACCGGAGCUUGUGGAGGUCAAAACGGGUGAAGAGGAUGAAGAGGUUCUGUUUUGUGAACGAGCCAAGCUGUUCCGAUUUGAUGCAGAAACCAAGCAGUGGAAGGAGCGUGGUAUUGGCGAGCUGAAGAUCCUUUGCCACCCUGAGACACAGGUGUGCCGUGUGCUAAUGCGCAGAGACCAGGUGCUCAAGCUUUGUGCCAAUCACAGGAUUCUGCCAGAGAUGAAAUUGGGCCCACUGUCAACUAAUGAUCGUGCAUGGUCUUGGUUUGCCAACGAUUACAGCGAGGGGCAACUCUGCAAGGAAAAUCUUGCAGCACGCUUCAAGACGAAAGAACAAGCCGAUUUCUUCAAGCAGGUAUUUGAGAGCUGUAGAGACAAUGCCCACACUACAACACCCCUCAAAGAAAGCAAAAGGGAAGAAGAGGGGGAUAAAAUCGAAGAGCAGUCGGCUGACAGUAAGCAGUCGAAGCCAGCAGCUGAUGUGCCUCUCUCUAUGUUGAAUCAGUUCAAGCCAAAGCCAGGCGCUUGGAACUGCAAUGUUUGCUAUGUAUCAAAUCCAGCUGACAAAACAUUGUGUCUGGCCUGUGAGACCCGGAGGCCUGGAUCAGAGAACGUAGAGCCCACACCGUCACCUUUAAAAGCAUUGGAGAAGUUGGCUGCCCCAGUCUCUGGAGGUGGAGGGUUCCCUAUUGGCACUUCACCUGUGGGAGUUGCUCCAGCCAAGUUCACCUUUGGGUUUCCUGUAGCCGGCACAAUUUCGCAGCCGUCAGCUACUAACUUCUCGUCGGCCCAAUCCACUUCUCUAGUGACAUCAACGACACCUAAACCUUCGGGGUUUGUCUUUGGCUCGUCACGCCCAGGCUCUGCAGCUCCGCCAUCUACUUUCACGUUUGGGAUGGCAACUUUCAAGCCGGAUACUUCUUCUGCCAAUACACCAGUUGCUACGUCUACACCAACAACAUUUAAGUUUGGAAGCCCGCAAAAGUACGAGUUCAGCUUCAGUGGCGUUCGACCACGUAGUCCGAGCAAAACGCCAAAGUCGCCUGGAACGCCAGCAGAUGCGGAAGAAGACGAAUCGGGCACCAUUGAAUCUCCAGAGGCCGAGAUCUUUUUCCAGCCUUUGGUGCCCUUGCCUCCGAAGGUGGAGGUGCGCACUGGUGAGGAGGAGGAAGAAGUUUUGUACAGCCACCGGGCCAAGUUGUACCGUUGGAUGGACGGGGAAUGGAAGGAACGUGGUCUUGGUGACAUCAAGCUGCUCCGUCAUCCAACCACUCAACGGACAAGGCUGCUGAUGCGCCGUGAGCCGGUGCUGAAGGUCUGUCUGAACCACCUGCUAACACCAGAGCAUCAGUUCAGCAAGAAAGACGAUCGCACUGUCACAUGGUCCGCAACAGACUUCUCGGAUGAUGUGGCGUGUCCAUACCAAUUUGCAUUGCGCCUCAAGAGCUCCCAAGUUGCCGAAGAGUUCUUGGCUGCUGUGGAGAAAGCAAAGAGCAAGCCCAGUGGCUCUCCCCUGCCCUCCACCACUCAGCCAACGGCCAAGCCAUCGACACCAGUGAGCGCCUCUACUUUCUCGUUCCGCCUUGAAGACAACCCAGGAAUGAGUCCUUCCUCUGCUACGACACCAGCCGGUGGUUUUUCUCUGGGGGCUCGUUUUGGCUCCUCGAAACAAACGGUGGUGCGCUCACUGUUUGGCAACGUUUCAACACCCAAGGACGGCAGCAAAAACGAUGAUGAUGAAGAUGUGCAGUUUUUAAUGGAAGUCAAGGCUGAUCCUGCUGACAUAGCACGGGCAAGGAAAUUGAUGCUGCCUGACAGCUUCUAUCUUUACCAGACAAAGACACCUUGCCCUGGGUGUCGAGGCUGUGAUGACUGGGAGAGCAAGAAAAAGGCACUGGCAGAUCCUACAAAACCUACAGGUCCUGCAAAAUCUUCGUCAACCAAGGAUGCACCCCACUUGGCUGCAGCUGACAGCACCACAGGCAGCCGAGAGGAAGAAGGCAGUGACGGGGGGCUCUUCAGUAAAGCUGCUACAGGACUUUCCUUUGCCGAUUUGGCUAAACAACAGCCGAAUACAGGUUUUGGCUUCCAAGGUCCAUCUCCCAAGAGUGGGCAGUCCCUUUUUUCUGGAGCAGGCACCAAGCUGUUCCAGUCGGCGACAUCCAGGCGAAAGUCUGAAACUGAAGACGAUGCUGCAGGUGCAGAUGAGGUAGCCCCUAGCGUCGACAUCCACUUUGAGCCUGUGGUGCCUUUACCUGAUCUUGUGGAGCUGCGCACUGGUGAAGAAGACGAAGAACAGCUGUUUUGUCACCGGGCUAAGUUGUUUGUGUUUGACAGCCAGCUCAAGCAGUGGAAGGAACGAGCCCUAGGCGAUAUCAAGAUCCUAAAGCACAAGACUCGACCCUGUUGCUUCCGUGUGGUCAUGAGGAGAGACCAGGUGCACAAGGUUGCUUGCAAUCACUCUAUCACAGAGUUCACGAAGUUGUCCCCGCUUUCCACCUCUUCCAACUCGCUUACAUGGAAAGCAUUGGACUUCUCUGAAGGAAAGACAUCGCCAGAAGCCUUUGCUGUCCGCUUCAAGAAUGCAGAAGCUAUGAACAAGUUUGCCAAUGUGUUUGAAGAGUGCAGACUAGCUGUUGUGGAAAAGGGAAGCCAACCUGCUGCCUCUGAAAGAAAUGGUGAUCUGGAGCGAGAGCAAGUUGAAGGCAGAACAAGGAAAGAGGAGGAGGAAGAUAUAGAUGAAGAGGAGGACGAUGAUGACGAUGAUGAAUAUGAGGACGAUGACGAAGAUGAUGAGCAUGGGGAAGAUAUCAUGUUUGAAAAGAGGAUUACUCUGUCUGUACAGAGGCCAGUUGGAGGCACUUACGAGACCCUUGGGAUGGGCAACCUGAAGAUGGUGUACGACGACUCAUGCUUUGGGGCACGCAUCCGAGUCACCGCUGACGAUGGGUCACUGCUAUGCGACACCAUUGUGGCAGUGCAAGUGUGCCUACGCACAGAGCGCCUCAAUGCUUACUGGUCUGCUCUGGAUAUGUCGAUCGAACCAAACGUAAGGCGUCACUUCAAGGCCUCGUUCAGCUCGCCUCAGGCCGUUGCAGAAUUCAGCCGAAUCUUCACUGAGUACCACUAG